CACUUAAUCCUUCCCCUCAAUCUUCCAACAACUACAAUUAUAUUUCUACUCUCCAGGGCCUUAUUUCAGCUCACCUCAUAUUAACAACUCGAUCUGAGGACAUAUCACACAAAGAGGCAUCACAAAUUGUCAUACAAUCUCUGCUAUGCAUAAUCAAAAACAUCUAUGAACAGAUCUGA